AUGUUGAAUGUGUUUGGAAACAAGGAUUUGAUGGACCGUCGGGCUGCACAGUGGGCUGGCUGCAGUCCUGGGCUCGGUUGUCAAUCGCUGGGGCCAUGUGAGGAGGAGAAGGGCUCCCAUCUGUUGCUCACACCCUUUGAGAAAGUAACUUCUGACAUGAGGACCAAUGAGAAGGUGAAACACGAAUUGAUUGUGGGAAAGAGGAUUGGAUUUUACCAGCUCCACGGCAAGAUUGGCUUCGGCAACUUCUCACAAGUCAAACUCGGGAUUCAUAACUUGACCAAAGAAAAGGUAGCGAUCAAGAUACUGGAUAAGAAACGACUUGAUGCCAAGACAUGGCAGCUCUUCUCAUGUGAGGUGCUGAGCAUGGAGCGGCUUCACCACCCAAACAUCAUCCGCCUGUACGAGGUGCUGGAGACACAUCACCGGCUGCACUUGGUGCUGGAGUACGCAGGGGGGGGGGAGCUGUUCACCAAAAUCGGCACAUGGGGGCGCCUGUCAGAGCACGAGGCAAAGCUGAUCUUCAUUCAAAUUGUAUCAGCUGUCAAACACAUGCACGAGAACAAUGUGGUCCAUCGGGAUCUGAAAGCAGAGAACAUAUUCUACUCUAGCAAAAACUGUGUCAAGGUUGGGGACUUUGGCUUCAGUGCCCUGUGCAUCCAAGAUCAACUCUUAACCACCUGCUGCGGUUCCCCUCCAUACGCAGCCCCAGAGCUAUUCAGAGAGAAGAACUACAUGGGGAUCUAUGUAGACACUUGGGCUCUGGGUGUUCUCCUGUAUUUUAUGGUGACUGCCAACAUGCCAUUCCGUGCAGACACUGUCAGGAAACUGAGAAAAACUAUCUUAAUGGGAUCCUACACAAUUCCAGCCUAUGUAUCAGACGCCUGCCAAAGCCUGAUCCGUGCAAUCCUUCAGCCUGUUCCCAGCAACCGAUCCUCCCCAACGCAGUUGUUGAACAGCACAUGGCUGAGAGGAAUGGAGUAUCCAGAACCAUACCAACCAUUCCACUUGAACCCAGCUCACCUUAUCAGCUCUCUCCCCCUUACGGAGGAGGAGAGGGAGGUGAAGAAUACUCUCAACAGUUUUGGAAUCACAGAGGGGUACAUCCACAACAAUCAUUGCUCGGAGUCCCACAAAGCCAUCACUGGCACUUACAGGAUUGUUCUCCAUCAGGUACAAAAGAGACGACGAUUAGAGAUAGGAGGUGGUGCCAUUGACAGUGACUGCAGCGUGGGCAGCAGGGUAGCUCAUAGUAGGAGGAAGCAUAUUAGAGCUCAUGGGCAGACUUCAAAGAUAUGUUCCUUUAUGUAAACCCAAGGCAAACAAGGAAAGUGGUGUGUAACAGGAGGUUUUGUGGCAACAAGGCAUUGUCUGGGAUCAGGGUGAGCAGUUCAGGUAGUGAGAGUAUGAAGCCAUCUUUCCAAAACAAAUAGCUCAAAGCUAAUGAUCAAUAAUUUU